AUGCAAUGUAACAAAAAAUCAACUGCAUUCGUUUAUUAUUGCAAUUGUCGUGAAGAAUUAAAAAGUAAAAAGCCACGAAUUGCUGAAAUAUUAAAUAGACGAGACACAUUGCCAAGAAUUAAUCGAUAUGCAUGUGGUGGCACAAUUCGGAUUAAUAUAGAUCGAUCUUGUAAUUUGGCGAUAGUAGGUAUCUAUCAUUAUAUUCAUCCACCACCUGAAGCGAUGGAAGUUUCUUCUCAAAUCCGUGAUUAUAUUAUUAAUAAUAGUCUAUUGACGGUUCCACAACUUUACAAUAAUAUUAAAGAGCAACAACUUGAUGGAUUUUCACAUAUUACCCAACAUCAAGUUUAUUAUUGGUUCAAAAAAGUUACAACAAAAGAAUAUAUGUUUUCCGGUGAUCAAUUAGCAUCAGCUAGACAAUAUUUGGAAAACAAUUAUCAGUUCAAACUCCUUUUUCAAGACCAAAACUCAUUGGCUUUUUUAACACCCUUGCUAUUCGUAUUGCCAAAUAAAGUUACAAAGACAAUU